UUCUGUGUGUUUGUUCAUGGUAGUCGUUCAAAAUUAUUAUGUAGCCAGGAAAAGUUUUCUUAGAAUUCUGCUUUCAACCUCGUAACCAGAGCUUAGUUACUUUCCAAAUAUUUUUUUGCUAAUUCCCUGAAGAUCGUGAAAAAUGCCGAAGAAAGGCAAGAAGGGCAAAAAAGGCAAGAAAAGUGUGUUCGGAGCCAAGAAUUUACUGGCUGCACAAGAGCCUCCGCCACCACCUGAGCCAGUUUUCGAUAGGAAUCUGCCCGUCUUCUCAUUCGAUAUUAUAAUAACCCGACUGGAUGUCAUGGGUGUGGUUCUUGCAGAUCCCAGGAAGCUGGUGGUGACGGUUAAAUUUGGAGAGAACAAUCUCAGUCUCACAGUCAGCAGAACAAAUGUUACCGAGUUUAAGCCAAAUGCCAGCAAGACUUUCCAGACGGAGCCACCGAAUCUUGCCCAGAAACUUGAGGAAAAUGGCAUGAAUUUUGAGGUGAUGUACGACGAUAAUUUGGUUGGCCAGGGACAGUUGAAGCUACCUGAAAAACUGAUUGAAAGGGUUAAGCUGGACAUGAAGCCGUUCUCUUACACAAGCACUUGCAACCUGGAAUUGGAAACUAAACCAGUUGGCAAGCUGGAAUUCCUUUGCAAGCUGUUUAUCAAAUGCGGUGAUUAUGCAAGGGCGGGUGAAACCUGUUCCAGUUUGGAAAGGAAUCUGAGUCCAAAGGACAUAAUGUUUGUGGUCGGCAAAUCACAGCCUAAUACCUGCGAUUGCGAUCCCUGCAGAGAUGUUAUGGAAAUCGACACCAGAAAGCAGAAGGACUAUAUAAUCCAAAGAAGGCAUCAAUAGGAAAUUCAUUUUCGGAUAAUUUUUGAAGGAAAUUAAAUUUGCAAAAAUAAUUACACAGCACAAGAUAUUUACCUAAAUUAAAAUUGUACACUCUAUACAUCCUUA